UCAGUCUCUCUCACUGCGUGGACAUUAGUAUUUCAGGGCACUUUGUCUAAAAUUACUGCUGGCCUUUUCAAGCCUCAGUCCCAGGAAGACAGCACCGAAUCUGCUGUAUGUGAUUAUAUAUUUUAUUGGCAGCAUAGAAUCUGGAUCCGCAGCUGAGCUAAGCUGCUGACAAAAAUUGUCACCUGUCUCUUCCAUUUCACACCCUCGGCAUUGCUGAAGUAGAAUCUGACUGUGAGAAUAACUUUUUGAAUAAUGGAUGUUAAUAAACUGGAGGAAAAUAGUCCAGAGGACUUGGACACAAUUGUGGAAGGAGCAGAAGAACAGUACGAGUCGGAGAAAGAGAAAUUAGAGGGCCUGACAUUUUAUAACACAGAUUUGUAUGAUUCUCCAGACAAACUAACUAUGUUUCCUGAAAAGGUGAAACUUGGACUUUCUGAAGAAACAAAAAAGGCAGACAUUGCACAGCAAAAUGUGACUCCUACUGCUGAACAAAUCCAUUCAGAUCUACAAAAGGAAGUGGAUGAACUGGCCAAACAGUAUGGAAUUUCUGAUGAUAAAGAAAAAGAUGAACACGUGUUUCUAGCAAGCGUACCUUCCAAAAACCCAGAAAUAACUAUUCAUAAACCAACUGCCCCUAAAAGAGAAAAAAAAUUGCUUAAACGAAAUAAAAGUAUUGAGGCCUCUAAUAAAAUAGGCCAACACCAAAAUACAGAAACAAGCACGAAGACAGAGAACAAUUCCCCUAAAAGCAGUGUGCUGGGAGAGCAUGGCAGCCUACGUCCCAAGGAAAUUGAUCAGCCUGGUCAUCACCAAGUUAAAGAAUUAGAAAAAGAUGGAGGACACGUAGGUUCUGAAGAAAAUGUUAUCUCUGACAUUUACUGUAUCACAUGUAAAACCCCAGUUAAAGCUGUUGACAAGCUGUUUGGUGUACACAAGGAUCAUGAGGUCAUGGGCAUAACCACUGCUGUUGAACAAAAGAAAGAAGAAAUGCGGAAAAACAUGAGCAAACUGGAGGAGCAGAUUGUGCAGAUGGAGAACUUUGCAAAUCACCUAGAGGAGAUAUAUAUUACAGUAGAGGAAAAUUUUACAAGACAAGAGCAGAAUGCUGAGAUGCACUUUACUGAAGUUAUGGACGCACUUAACGCAAAGCAUGAAGAAAAGAUACAGGUUUUGGGGGAGGAAAAGAAACUCAAACUGGAAUCCUUGUUUGAGCAGCUCAUUGACUGCGGAAAGAGUCUUGACACUUCCAAAGACCUGAUGGAGACAAUUCAAGAGUUAUUUAAAGAAAAGGACAAAGCCGCCUUUGUAAAUAAUGCAUCACAAACAACCAACAGACUGAACGACUACUUCAAUACAGAUAUAAAUUUAAAUAUCUCUACUAAUGCAGAAUAUGAAAACACGUCCAUAGACUUCACCGAAGUGGAACACCUCCUGGACUCCAUUCACACAGUACCAGCUCCAUCUGCUCCUGUCAUCAACCCACAAACUCCAAACUCUGCCACAGCCACAUCGCUGCGUGUUUGCUGGAGCCUCUUCUCUGAUGACACAGUAGAAAGUUUCCAGCUUUACUAUAAGCCUGUCUGUGAUUGUGCUCCAGGGGAGGAUCAAGAAGAGGUUAUGAUACGAUCAAAAGAAACCUACUGCACAGUCACAAACCUGAUGCCAAACACUCAGUAUGAGUUCUGGGUCACUGCUUUAAACGUCACCGGGGACAGCCCAGCCAGUGAGAAUGCUGUGUAUGUGACAGCUCCUUCUCCUCCUAUCAUUAAAAGCAACGAAUGUCGAAGUUGUGAAAAUGCUGCUUUAAUCUGCUGGGAAUCUGGAAACAUAAAUCCUGUCGACUCGUACACUGUUGAAAUAUACAAAGUGACCGACGGGACAAAUGCUGAUUCUGUCACAGAAUCUAUUGUUGGAAUUCCCAUUUGUGAAUCUUUAAUCCAGCUGCAGCCAAGUCAGACGUAUAGAAUCAGCGUCAAAGCAGUAAAUGUGGGUGGGCCGAGUGAAAGCAGCAAAUCCAUUUCUAUUCACACCGCAGGUACGUUUUUCCAUCUGGAUGAGGAAACUGCCCAUCCUCUCUUAUCUGUGACCGAUGAUGGAUUUACAAUUUCAUGUGCUGAGGAAGAAAGCCUGGUGGAUUUACCUUAUUAUUCUAAAAGAUUCUCAAGGUGCAUUGCUGUUCUGGGAAAGCUGAUUCCGUUUAAGGGGAAGCAUUACUGGGAGGUAGAGGUAGAUGAAAAUACACAAUACAGGAUUGGAAUCGCCUAUGAAGAUACAAACAGAAAUGGAUUACUAGGAGCAAACAGUACAUCCUGGUGUCUUAGACAUAUCCUGACGCCCUCAAGGCACAAAUAUGAGUUUUUACAUUGUGGAGUCUCUCCAGACACUCGAAUUACAAUACCACCAAGACGAAUUGGAAUUCUGCUGGAUUAUGACAAGAGCAAAUUGUCAUUCUUCAACAUGGACCUUGAACAACACCUGUUCACAUUUAUCUGCCAAUUCUGUCACAUGGUGCACCCAUGUUUUGGUUUGGAGAAGCCAGGAAGAUUAAAGAUACGCAAUGGCAUACCAAUACCCCAUUCUGUACUUUUGUCUUCUUGAGGAACAACAAAUGUUAAAGUUCAAAUCAAAGUGGUGAUGGGUGGGUGAAUAUGUAAAGACAUUUGGCUUUCUAGGAAAUCUUUUUUGCUAGCUCUUGGGCAAGAGCGAAAACUGUGUCUAAAAUGUGCCUAAAAACAAUGUAUAGACUGUAUCAUGCAAAGCUAGAAUUCUUAGAUAUCUGCUCACAAACAUGGCAGAAACCAUAUUUGCCACUCUGCUCUAUUCUGUGUAGUAAUCUCUUGCUGGAAAUAUGAAUGGUGCUACUUACAUUAUUCCAAAAGCAUCCUGAGUUUUGGGAUUAUUUGGGGGAGUUGUCUACUUAAGUAGUUACACUUGUGUAUAUGGAAUGGAUCAGAGUGGUAAGAACUUAUUUGUGUCAAAAAAUGACAGUUUAAUGUAGUUGCAAAAAAGUUACACUUUUGUAGUUGC